AUGCCCUCCAUUGCUCAACUUCAACUUUCACCCGCGAUUGACCUCACUGAGAUGGCCGCUGAACAACGCCGUGUGUGUUCAACCUGUGAUGAGGAUGUUUCCGGACUCCAACUUCAGGAACUACCACUGACAACUGGCAACAGCACCAUCUUAUGUGACGUAUCCACCCCUUCCCAUCGUCCAUUUGUGCCACCAUUCCUCCGCCGCAAAGUUUUCUCCUCCCUGCACAAUCUCUCUCACCCUGGGAGUCAAGCAAUCGACAAGCUGGUUUCCGACCGCUUCGUCUGGCCUGGUAUGCACAAGGACCUCAAGGCAUGGACACGGGCUUGUAUCGCCUGUCAACGGAGUAAGAUCCAGCGGCACAACAAGGCCCCCGUUGGCACAUUCCCUGGCCCUGGUUCAAGAUUCAGCCACGUUCAUCUAUACACUGUAGGCCCCCUGCCUCUGUCCAAUGGUUGUUCCUAUCUCCUCACCUGUGUGGAUCGGUUCACUUGGUGGCCUGAAGCAAUUCCCCUGCCUGACAUUACUGCUCUAACGGUCGUCAAGGCUUUUCUCAGUCGUUGGUUUGCAAUUUUUGGUGCACCCUCCACAAUCACGACUGAACGUGGUGCCCAGUUUGGGUCUAAACUAUUCCAGUCUUUACUCUCCUUUUUAGGCUGUACUCGCAUCUGCACUACAGCCUAUCAUCCGGCAGCCAACGGGAUGGUCGAGCGGUUUCACCGCCAGCUGAAGGCCUCCCUACGCGCAACGGCCGAUCCGGAGAACUGGACGAACCACCUUCUCCUGGUCCUCUUGGGCAUCCGCUGCGCUCUCAAGCCGGACAUUGACUGUUCGCAGCUGAACUGGUGUUCAGCUCCACCGUCCGACUCCCCAGUGAGAUGAUCUCGCCAACCCCUCAAGGUGCAGUUGAGGAUCCCACCAAGCUCCUACCUCGUCUACGGCCAUUCAUGCGGACACUUGCUCCGUUUCCUCCCAGGUACUCCGCCUCUCCGUCCUAGCUCGAGAAGGCCUUAACGACAUGCUCUCACGUCUAUCUCCGAUGUGAUCGAGUCUGCCGACCCCUGGAACCAUCCUACGACGGCCCCUUCCGAGUUAUCUCUCGAGGGACGAAGAACUUCCGCAUCCAACGCGGAACUCGUGAGGAGGUCGUGAGCGUGGAACAUCUCAAAGCUACCGUUCCGAACACUCCUCCGGAUGAGCCCUGUGGUCCCCUACCCCCCAGCUCCGCCUCCCCGACCCUCUAUCCCUCCGUCCCGUAUACUUCCUCUGCCCUCAUGCCCGCAACACCCAACUGCAACUACCCCUUCAUCAAAAAACAACACUGCAACCGCACGCCAUACUCACUCUACCCCUGUGCCCCUUGUAUAUAUCACCCGUAG